CUUUUUCCAACAACAAGUUAAGUUGAUUGUCAUUGAUUGUCUUGUCUUUUUUAAUUUAAUUCUUUUCAUUUUAAUCUAAUUUAAUUCUGAUUUAACUGUUUGAUUAAAAUUUUUAAGUCUCUUUUUUAUAGUUUUCACGUGAAUUUUGUUUAAAUUGAAAUAGUUACACGAUGGAGGAAGAUCCGUUCACAAUAGAAAAUAGUCAAUCUAAGGGUAAUGGAAAUGAUGAAGACGAUGACGAGGACGACGAGGAGGAAGAUGGUGACAUAGCCGAGAUGCUUGAUUACUAUAAGGGUGAAAUGGAGGAAGCGUUAACUUGGAUACUUGAAGCGGAAGAGCAUCUGAUUGACAUUGAUUUGAUGGAGAAAAAUUUACCCGAAGUUAGAAAGAUAUUUAAAGAGCACGAAGAUUUUAUCAAUUCACUGAAAGAUAUUCAAAUAGAAGUUGCUAAGUUACUGGGUGAGGGUCAAGCUAUUGUUGACUCAGAAGAAUGUCCACCCGAAGAGAGAACUGAACUUGAACUACAGAUGAACCUGUUAAAUGAACGAUUGGAACAAUUAAGUUUAAAAACCCUAGAGUUUCGUAAAAAUAUUCAUGAAACAUUGAUGAUUUUACAACAGAAGCAAAUUAAUCAUCUAAGAAAUUGGCUUUUCACUGCUGAGGAUAAAUUAAGUCAGUUUACCGAUUUUGGAUCUGAUCUUGUCGAGUUAAAGAAACAGUUGACAGAUUAUCAAAAUUUCCAACAGGAUUUCAACGUACAAGAAGAAAUUGUUGACUCAUUACGUGACCUUGUCUGGAUUUAUGAUGAUUGUGAAGGAUCCAGUCCAACAAUGGAUAAGCCACCGGAUGAACUGCAAGAUCAAUUAGCCCCAUUAGCUGAGAAAUGGAAUAUGGUUCGUAAAUUUAUCCAUGAACGUAAAGAAAAUUUGGAAGAUAUUGUUCACUCAUGGGAAAAUUUCACCGACGAGGAAAAUAAAUUCAAUUCAUGGAGAGCUAAGUUAGAUCGAAGGUUAAGGGAAAUGGAAGAGGCGGCUGCUGACAUGCAUAUUGGCUCUUCGUUUGUGGGAGAACUUGUUAAACGACUUGAGAGAAUGGAGGCUGAAAUGGAUCGCCAGCGGUCUUUGUAUUUGAAAAUAGGUGAAGAAUCAUACGAGCUAAUAAAUAAGCUUGGCUCGAAAUCAGCUGCUGGUUUGGUUAUUACCAGAAAAAUGGAGACCCUAAAAGAGGUUUGGGAGGCAACGGUUCAAAGGAUGAACACCUUAAGCCAUGUUGUUUCAAAAAUUAAUGAGGCCUCACUUGAUGAGCUGUCCACCGAUAAUAAUGGGGAGGAGUCCAUGACAGAAGGUAAUGAAAUACUGAAACAGGUUGAAGGGGAAUCAUCUCACCACAUUAACAAACAACAACAACAACAGAAGCAGCAACAAAAAGUAGCUACGCCUACGACUCCAAACCAACUGGUUGGUUCAAGCGCAAAGAAACGUCGGCUUGAUAGUUGGCUGAUUCAGGAGUGGCAAAAGGCUCUUGAUGUGUUUACAACCUGGUUAACCGGUGUUGAAGAGGUAAUUGGUGUGGAAGAAGCUACUAAUGAAAAUUGCACAACUUCAUGGAAUUCAAUGUCUUUAGAGGAGCAGCAAAUUUUCUUGGAAGAUACUGAAAGUGAUCUAGAGAUGAGAAGACAAGAAUUCGAUUCACUUGUUACCAAAGGAAAUGAAUUUGUGGAUGAAUUAACCAAAUGUGGUGAAAAUGAGGAGAGCUCAUCUAUUAAACAAAUUGUGGAAACAGUUAAUGAAAGAUGGUGUCGAGUUAAUCGUACUCUUCGUGAGCGUCAAUUAAGACGCCAAGGAUUAGUUCAGUUGAAUCGUAUGGUUGUCGAAACUGGUGCAAUGUCUCUUGUACUUGAAUCAGCGAAAAAAUUUUUACGCGAAAAAACAACAAGUAGUUUAAGUGAUUUAUCACCUGAUAUCCUGAAGAAAAUUGAUGAAAACUGUAAAUUAAGGAUAAAAGUGCUAUCAGCUCAAGAAGAUAAAAUCUCUAAGCUUCGUAAAGAGUUGGAAGAUCUGAAGCGGACAUUAAGAACAGCGAUCAAAGAACCAUCUUAUCAGAAAAUUGUCUCUUUCUUCAAUGAGAGAGAGCAAGUGAAUGAACAAUUGUGUAAUUUGCUUAAGAAAGUUAGUGAAUCAUUAACUCAAUCUAAACUCACCGAUGGUUCAACCGAAAAACAAAUUCAAGUCACACAACAACAACAACAACAACAACAGUCAUCAACAUCAAAUGGUUGCCCAAGUGAUUUAAAUCAAAAAGUGGACUCUUCAUAUGAAAGAUUAGUGAAAUUGAAAGAAACCAAAUUCUCCAAGAAACCAAAGGUUUACUUUGAUUUGUUAUUAAAUGCUAAUCAACUUGAUGAGUAUAAUCAACUACUCAAUGAGAUUGACAACGAGGGAAAACAUUUGAAAACAUUACUCGCAGAAAUAUCAUCGUCAUCAUCAUUAACAUCAUCAUUAUCAUCAUCAUGUAAAGAGAAAAAUUUUAUCAACCUUUCAAAGCAGCAACAACAAGGACAAAAUGACAAUACUUUGGUUAAAGAGAUGAGAGAUAAGUGUAACUCUUCACAAGAGAUUUGGGAGUUUUGCCACAAUGAGUGUCUCAAUAGAAUAGCUAAUUACCGUAAAUUGGAAACAAGCCUGACUACUUUUGACGAUGAAACAUCAAUUCUUGAAUCAGAAGUAGAACAAUUAACUGAUUUUCUCAAUGAACUUCGUCCUGCCCUGGGUGAUAUACAAACACUGGAAAGUGAUGUUGAACAAUGUAACAAAGUUUUGGACGAUAUUAAAAUAACAUUAGAAAGCAAUUGUGCACUAAUUAUAUUAAAAAGUGAACAGUUGAUUGCUGAAUUUGAUGAAUUCGAUGAUGAUAACAAUGAUGAUUCCAAUGGUGAUAACAAUCAAGGUGGAUCAAAGUGUUUACAAGAUCGGAUGGAUAAACUAAAGGAAAAGUGUUCAAUGUUAAGGAUGAAAGCAUCAGAUAAAAUUCAACAAUUGGAAACUGCUUUGAAUCGUAGUAAAAAUGUUUGCCAAUCUUUUGAAAAGCUUGAACGAGACAUUGAAUCGUUAAGCUUUGAGACUGAUGAAGUUAAACAUUCGGUUGUUGAUGAUUAUCAGAAGAGCUUUAAAUCUGGGCGAACAUUACAAGAGAGAUUACGAAAAACCAACGAUGAGGCAAACAAAUUGUCAAAAUUAUUAAACAAUUUAUCACCUAGUCAUCAACCCACCACCGAAUCAUUGGAAGAGAUGAAAAGUAAAACAGAAACAAUCAAAGAAACACUGAAAACAUUGAUUGAAUCCAUAGAAGAAUAUCUAACAACAUUGAAACAAAAUCAUAGUAAAUUUGGUGAAUUUACCAGGUUAAUUAUGAUGGAAAAAGAUUGGUUGGAUAAAUUGGACAGAAAACUAAAGCGAUCUCCACAAACGGCUGCCGAUGCUGAAGAAAUAUCUGGUAAUCAUGAUGAUUUAGAAACUUAUUUACGACAUCGACCUGUUGAACGUAGUGAUCGUAUUCAUAAAUUGGCCAAUGAAUUGAUUGCAAUGAGUUUCUUUUCUGAUUCCGUUGAAAUUGAGAUAAAUAAGGUUGACCAACGUUGGAAAAGUUUACAACAUCAAGCUCAUCAACGAUUACAAGAUUUAGAGUCUUCAAUCACUUAUGCACAACAAUGUGAUUCUCAAAUUUUAAAAGUGCAAAAAUGGAUUCAAGAUGUUGAUUGUUUACUUCAACAGCGUUUUGAUGAAGAUAUUCUUGCGGAAGAUAUGCCGGAUGAAGUUGAUAAAUUGGAUCUAGAGUUUAAAUCAAAUAAACAAAUUCUGGACACAUUGACUGAAAGUAUUGAGAAUUAUCGUUCUCAGGAAAGAUUGGAAGCUGCAUCCAGACUUGAGGAACAAUUAGCAAUCUUAAAUUCUCAAUAUCAAGAUCUUGUUAUGAAGUUUAAAAAGUAUCAGCAUCCAACUGAUUUUGCGAUUCGUUUGAAUAGUUUAUCGAAAAAGUUAAAUGAAUUGAUGGAUAAUCUUAUUGAUCUCAAGGUUAAUUCUUAUGAAUAUACUGUAAUCCAGGAAGAGUUCAAUGAGUGUCGUAAAUUAGUUCAAGAGAUUGAUAAUGUACGUGAAGAAAUUGAUAAAGUUAAAAAGCAAACAUCACUUGCUGUGGAUUUUGCUGAUGAUCCGGAAGAUUUGGUUCGAGAAGUUGAUGUGCUGGAAAAAAUUUACGAAAAUUUAUCUCAAAUGGCAAGUGAACGUAAACAAGAGAUUGAAAAAGUAAUGGAAAUUAGUUCAACUGUAAUGAAUUUAUUAUACGAACUGAAAAAUUGGUUAAAUCAACAAGAAGAUCCAUCGAGUGUUGAUCAAAGAGAAUUUGGUCAAAAGAAAGAUGAACUUCGACAAUUAAAUGAAAAAGUGCAAUUAUUAUUCCAUAUUAUUGGAAAUAAAGACAAUAAUGAUAAAUUGAGACUGAAUAUCGAGACAAUUGUUUCCGAUUUUGAACUUUUGGAGGAGAAAAUGUCUCGUAAAUAUAAUUCCGAAUUUACUACUAGAAGUAAUAGUUCCGAUUUGACACAAUUAACGACAAAACAAUCAUCCUCAUUGAAAUCACUUAGUAAACAACGACAACUUGGACUUCAACGGUCAAUCGAUUUAUCCGAAGGAAUUGAUUCCAAUCAAUCGUCUCCAAAGUCAACUACUAGUCGUAAAGGUUCAUUAUCAAGAACCAUAACUGCAACCGCUGCUUCCGAAGGUCUUCCAAUAUUAUCAACAACAAGAACAACAGAAAGUAACACAGUUAAAUUGCUCAAUUUUUUUACUCUUCCCGAAUUGGAAGAUAUUGAUUACGAAUUACAAAACAUUCAAAUUUAUUUGAAUACAUGUGAGAUUUUGAACAAAGGUGAUUUUAUUGAACAAAAGCAACAAUUAGGUGCCUUAAAGAAGAUACAAAACACUAUGGAAUCCCAUAAGCCUAAGAUUCAUAAAAUGGUUGCUGAGAAAAUGAUGAUCAACACUAUUCAUCCCCAAGGAUCUGAAUAUAUACCACUGAUAGAAUCCAUUUGGACCCAUUGGCAAGCACUUCGAGAAUCAUUUAUGAAACGUCAUCGACGUUGGUGGUUUGCUAAAGAGACACGAAUUCAGAACGAUACAACUUUCAAUCAAAUUAAAUCAUUCCUUGAUAUGGCCGAGAAAACAUUAGCCGCUAGUCGAUUGCCAACUGGUGAGUUGAACAUCGAAGUAGCUAAAAAAGAGGACGAACCUUUGAGAACCGCUUUCAACGAGCAUGUACCCGUUUUUGGCACUUUCAAAGUAAUGACUAAAAAAAUUAUGGCCGAUCUACCCGAUGGUGGGGAGAAGCUUGUUGAUCGUAUUACUUUGAUUGAUGAAAAGUGGAAAUCAGUAGUUCGUGAUUUGGCCUGGCGUAAAGAGCGACUUCACAACGAGGACAAAAAUAUGGACGUUCUUGGAUAUUGGAAUCAACUGGAAACUUGGAUUGGAAAGGUUAACAAAACUUUAGCCAAAUUAGAGGGUAAAAUUGAAAGCUUCGAGAUGGCGAAUAUCUUACAAAACGAAGUCAAGUUUCUUGAACAAGAAUUACAAACUCAAUGGUUAAACAUGAUGACCAUUCAAUUAGCUCCAACAAUGAUCAUUGAAAAAGAUGUUGAUACCAUGGAAAAAGAUUUUUUCAAAUUAAUCAUUGGUUUACCUGAAGCUCGUAUUUCUAUUGACAAAUACUUGACCAGUUUCAAAGUGGUCUCACGAAUGUUGGACGAUGAAAUUGAUUGGACAUCUACUCAUUUAGAGGAAGAAACUAAACCUAUCGAAGAUGCAAGUGUACAUGAAACCAAUUACGAGAAAUUAAUUGUUAUGUUACAAGAAAUUGAAAACGAUGCAAAUAAAUUCGGACACAAACCUCCAAGUUUCUUGAAAGAAAAGAUGGAUUGCCUUAAGGGCAAACGUGAAUUACUCCAUAAAAAGAUGAGAUUAAACGCUGAUCCAAGUUCAACUGAAUGGUACAAUUGGCUUAAUUCUCAAGUUGAUUAUAUCGCAAUUACAUUUAAAGAUUGUUCUGAUGAGAGAGUAUUAGAACAAUUGAAAAAUAUUGUCAAUCAAAUUGAGAAACAAAUUGCAAUUCAUGAGGAUUUAAAUUCCAUCUCUAGUAACGAUAAUAACAAGGACCAUGAUGUUUUGGAAGAUGAUCAGAGUGCAGAAUUAGAAACAAUGAAUAAAAAUAUAUCAAGUUAUCGUUGGAAUAGUUUGAAGGAGAAAAUGCUUGCUUUACAAAUUCGCCUCGAGGCAAAUUCUGGCGAUGAAUUGAAUCAACUGCUACUUUCAUUGCGUGAAUUAAAUGAAUGGGUAAUUAAAAAGCGAAGUGAUUACAGCUCAUUGGGUGAUAUUAUUGGUGAUGUUUCCUCACUGACCAAGCAACAAGAUGAUCUGACCAACCUGAGUCUUUCACUGGAUGAAGAGAGGCCAAUCAUUGAGACAACUCUAAUGUCCGGUCGAUCACACCUUUCAAAAGGUGAUUCUCAAGGUUACGAUGAGAUUAGUGGGUCCAGAAAUCGUGAUAAAGGUGAAAUUAACAAGAUAACUCAAAGUAUCCAAUGGGAAGUUGAAAGAUUAUCCGAAAAAUGGUCAGAAUUAUUAAAAGUAAUUGACCAUAGGAAAAGACGAUUAGAUGAUAUAAUGAGAAAAAUGGUUAAAUUACAAUUCCAAAUGGAUGAAUUAUCAUCUAAACUUUGCAUAGCCGAUAUGACCAGAAAUAAAUGGAUACCGAUCUCUGAGAUUGCUGUUGAUCAACUUCCUGAAGUUCUGAACGAGCUUCAAACAUUCAGAGAUAAUAUUUAUCCACUUCAAAGGUUUGUUGAUCAAAUGAAUGGAUCAGCAACCCGAAUCAGUGGAUCUCAAGUGUUACUUUCUGAUGGAGUUCUUAAUUGUUUGGAGGAACUAAAUACUCGUUGGAAGUUAAUUCAAGUCUCUAUCGAAGAGAGAAGGAAAAACUUGGAACAAGCAGUAAUCGAUCACAAUACAGCUCAACAGCGUUUCCUAAAUGACGCAGUUGAAAAUCCAUGGGAAAGAGCAGUCGCUUUCAAUAAGGUUCCAUAUUAUAUAAAUCAUGAAACUGAGACAACCCAUUGGGAUCAUCCUAAAAUGACUGAACUCAUUAACACCCUAAAUGAGUUUAACGAAGUUAGAUAUUCAGCUUAUCGAACUGCGAUGAAAUUAAGAUCAGUCCAACGUCACUUAUGCCUUGAUUUGGUUAAAUUUGAUGGAUUAAUCGAAAUCUUCUACAAUUGUGGAUUAGCGGGACAAAAUGAGAAACACCUCAAUGUACCGGAAAUAAUAACAGUCCUUCAAACAAUUUACACAGCAACGGCUUCAGGUGAUCAAGCGAUUGUAAUUAAUGUACCUUUAUCAAUCGAUUUAUGUCUUAAUUGGUUACUUAAUUUGUACGAUACUGCUAAUCGAACUGGUUUUAUUCGAGCUCUCUCUUUGAAAAUUGGCCUGGUUACUUUAUGCAAAGGAACUUUAGAGGAAAAAUAUCGAUAUAUGUUCAAUGUAGUCGCUGAUAACGGACUAGUUGAUGAACGAGCUUUGGGAAUAUUGUUACACGAUUUUAUUCAAGUGCCUCGUCUCUUGGGAGAGAUUGCUUUUGGUGGAAACAAUGUUGAACCAAGUGUCCGAUCGUGUUUUGACCUUGCCGCACGUAAAUCUGAAAUUGAAUUGAUCGAUUUUCUUGCCUGGUUACAACGAGAACCUCAAUCAACCGUUUGGCUUCCUGUUCUUCAUCGUUUAGCAGCCGCUGAAAAGGCUAAACACCAAUCAAAGUGUAACGUUUGUAAACAAUUUCCAAUCAUUGGAUUCAGAUAUAAGUGUUUACUUUGUUUUAACUUUGAUAUGUGUCAAAUUUGUUUCUUUUCUGGUCGAACUUUGAAAAAUCAUAAAAACAUCCAUCCAAUGCAAGAAUAUUGUCUGACCACUUCCUCAGGUCAAGAUAUAAAAGAUUUUACUCGAAUCAUACGGAACAAAUUUAAAUCCAAACGAUACUUUAAACGGCAUCCAAAAUUUGGUUAUCUUCCCGUUCAAACGGUUGAAAGUGAUGCCGAUGUAAACACAAAUGAAGGUCACCUCAACUCUCCGACACAUACACUCCAACAUCCGGACUCUCUUGAUAUGCAUUCAAAACUUGAAAUAUAUGCUAGUCGAUUAGCGGAAGUGGAACUGGACGAUGGACAAGAUCGCAACUUUGACAAUUACGAAGAACUUGAUGAUGACCGUCAAUCUAAUGCUCAAUAUCAUCCAGAGUAUGAUAUCAGUUCACUCACCAUUCCUCGUGAUCGAUUGAUUACCACAAUUGCCCCAGAUCAACGUAAUGAACUAGAAUCCAUUAUUAAUGGAUUAGAACAAGAAAAUAGGCAAUUACAGGCUGAAUAUGAACGAUUAAAGAUCAAAAAGAGCCAACAAGUUAACGGAAAGAGCUCAACUAAUGUCCAAAGUGAUUCUCACCAUUAUUCAACCAUUGGCUCACUGACCAGGGGAGGAGGUGAUAUACUUACAGUUAAAGCGGAAGUGGAUCCAUAUGCAUCUUUAAUCUCAUCCAGGGAGGAAAUUCUAUCCGCUGAAAAGAAAGCCUUACGAUCUAAAGAAGACGAACUUGAAGUGAAACGUAUCCUUCUUGAAGAGCAAAACAAACGCCUGGAAGCCACUUUGAAACGAUUGCGACAAUUUUUGUCCAAAUUUCCCGAUGCAACGAGUUUAUCCAACACCCUGCGAUCGACACACAGCGAUUACGCUACUCCGGCCAAACUAUUAUCCUCGGCUGGGCGAUUACACUAUUCAACUAACAACAGUAUGGCCUCGCUACGGGUUAAUGGAUCUUCCGAUUCUCAUCAUCAUCUUAAUCAUCAUCAAUCAUCCAACAUUGCUAAUCACUCUGACGAAACUGCUAACAGAUAGCUGAAGAUUAAUUGUUUUUAAAUUGAUUUUUUACUAAUUUUAAUUCCUAUGAUUGUUGAUUAUUUUAAGACAAUUUUCUCAAUCAUC